AUGCACCUCUUCCUGGAGACUGUAAUUCCCAGAAUGCACUGGGCGGACACUACCCGGCCCGCCCCCAUGACUACAAUUCCCAGCGGCCCCGGUCCUGAGAUUCCUGGGACUGAGAAGAGAGCCGGAGAGAUGACUGGGUGGGAUCCUAAGUUCUGGUUCUGCCGCCAAGCCCUGCUCCGACCAGUCGUGGCUAUCCUGAUGUCAGUCGCUUUCCUUCAUGUAGCUGUGGCCAGCACUCAGCACUAUCGCGGGGAAGCCUGGAGAGAGGCGGCUGUCCAUGCUGACUUCCUGUCCCAGCUGGCUCAGGGCAUGAGGGAGACCCUGGAGGAGUGGAUUGGCCGGGACACACUUCAGCUAGUGACAGAGAACGUCUCUGCCGUGUUCUGGAUUGUGUCCUCUGGCAUCUCGGCAGGUCUGAUCACCCUGUCCGGAAUCGCAGGGCAGAUCCUAAGCGCAUUCGGAGUGAAUGUGAGCGGAGAAUUGGACCCCCCCGACCUGGUGUACCUGCCGGCCGAACUCAAGGUGCUGGACGUUCCAGACCAUUUCCGGCUGCAGCGGGUGGAUCGGUACCUGCCGGGAAACACUUCCCUGGGCUCCCGCUCUGAGACUUACCUCCUCCUCCAUCGCCGGCCCACAGCAAAGCCUCUCAUCCAAGCCACCUACCUGCCCUUCACUGCCCAACAGGCGGUGCCAGCAGCUGAUCCCCACCACAGGUACGGCUCCGCGGCCUGGGACGUCCGAGCCGUGUCCAUUGAGGGCACAGUCUCUCCAGCUGAGCCGUAUGCCAGGGUCCUCUUCCACCUCAAGGGUCAGGACUGGCUGCCGGGACGGCAUGACCUGCCCUGCGUCUCCCUGCACGCUUUCCACCAGACGUGGGCUGUGCAUGGAGCCUGCCGCCUCCAGGCACCCCUGGGAGUGUGCGUGGUGGAGCUGGAGUUCCCCCCACGCUGGUUCUCCGCCACACACCCCUCCUCACACAGCCAGCGCAGAGCUGCGGAGCUCACCCAGCCCCCUGAGCGAGCCGAGCUGUACUACAGCCUGGGGACUGGGGAAACGUCUGCAGAGUGUAGCCAUGCAGGGCCCCGGGAGAGGUCCCGGCCGGGCGCUGAGGGCACCAAGGAGAGACUGCACUAUGUCGGCGCUGUGGAGCUGCGAGCCAGGGAUCCGCCUCGGCGCCAGGAGGUGCGGCUGGACGACAACGUGCUCAUCCGGGUCCCCGACAUGGCACUGCGGCCGGGGCAGCUCUUCACGGCCACCCUGAUCCUCCAGCAGAACUUCACCGCCGACCUGCUGACCCUGAGGAUCAAGGUGAAGAAGGGGCUGCAGGUCCUAGCUGCCCGCCCCGCCGUCCCCGAGGCCUGGACGGCCAAGCUGGACAAGUUCAAGGGCUCCAAGCAUCACACCGCUCUGGUCACCUGUCGCCGGCUGGAUGCUGGCCAGUUGGACUGGAGGGCAGCGGAUUUCCCCGAGUUCCUCUACCUGGACUUGGUGGUGGAGAACGGCACGAGCGGCCUGGCCUCCACACGCCCUGUCACCUGGCAGGUGGAGUACCCUGGCCAGGACCCUGAAGCCGAGAAGGACAAGAUGGUGUGGGAGAUCCAGGUGUCGGAGCGUGACGUUAGGGCACUGGUCCCGCUGGUGAAGGAGCAAGAGAUCGUGAACACCGCCCCCCUGACGGGGAUCCCCCAGGCGGUGCCGGUGAAGCUGGUCGCUGUGGAGAUGGGGGGAGCUGUGUUCGAGGUCACCGAGCAGAUGGGGUGUGAGUCCGCCAACAAACAGGUCCUGAAGGUGACGGACGCGUGCAACUCCGUCUACGUGGGGGGCAAGGAGAACCGGGGCGCCCGUGGGGCACGGGUGGAUUUCUGGUUCCGCCGGCUCCACGCCUCGCUGCUUUUCACUGUCUGGGUGCCGCUGCUGCCUCUGCGCAUCGAACUGACCGACACCACGCUGGAGCAGGUGCGCGGCUGGAGGGUGUCCGGUGCCGCUCCAGACAGUGGCCCGGCGGAGCCCGAGGAGGCUGGGGAGGAGGCGGAGAGGCGAGCUCGCGGCUGCCGGCUCCAGUACCAGCGCGCCGGCGUCCGCUUCCUGGCGCACUUUGUGGCUCACCCGCUGGACGGUGGACGGCACCUGACCUACAUGCCGAGCCCUGACUGGCUCCUGGAUGUCUCCCACCUAGUGGGCGGGCAAGCCAAGGUGCAGGACCCCCGCGUGGCCACGCUGGAGGGCGGGAGCGUGGUGAUUGGCCGCGAGCCGGGAGUGACGUCAGUGGAGGUGCGCUCCCCCGUCUCGGACUCCAUCCUGGGCGAGCAGACCCUGGUGGUGUCGGACGAGAAGGUGGCCGUGUCGGAGCUGCAGGCCCAGCUGGUGUCGGGCCUCUCGCUGGCGCUGAGUAUGGAGCCGGGACAUCCCGACAUCCUCACCGCCACCUGCCAGGCACUCUCAGCCCUGCACUCCCCAAAGCAGGAAGCGGCACUCAGUGUCUGGCUGGCAUUCACCGACCACACCCUGGCCCCUGUGGAGCUCUACGGCUGGCGGGACGUGGCGCUCUCUGUCUCCUCCCUGGACCCUAGCGUGGCCUGGGUGCGGCAGGACGAGGAGCUGGCUCGCCCGCUGAUCGUGGCUGAGGGGCCAGGGCAGGGGCCCCUCCUGCAGCUGGGCCUGCACAUCGCAGACUCCUGCCGCAAAGGCAAGCACCGGGCACCGCUGGCCGCUGGCACCGCCUGGCUGGAGGUGGGCGUCAGCCAGCGGCUCCCAACCCCCGGUGGCCCACGGCCCCGCGAUCCCCGCCCCGAGUCCCCCUUCCAGCGGGCCGAGGGGGCCAUGUCGGGGGAGGCGGUGACAGCGGCGGCUACGGAGACCAUGGUGGAGCCCCGGAAGCGGGCCCCAGCCGGGGUGGGACCCGACCUGACCAAGUUUGAGGGGCCCCAGGGCGGCACCUCUUCCGAGGAAGAUGGGCCUGGGGAGGAGGAGGAGGAGGAGAUGGUGAAGGCCCCCGAGCGGGUGACAGACCUGGAGAUUGGGAUGUAUGUUCUCCUGGGCGUCUUCUGCCUGGCCAUCUUCAUCUUCCUCGUAAACUGCAUUGUCUUUGUGUUGCGCUACCAGCGCAAGGAGCCCCCUGACUCCGGGCUGGGCCCGGCCCCCUCCACCCAGCAGCCCCACAACUGGGUGUGGCUGGGCACCGACCAGGAGGAGCUUAGCCGCCAGCUGGAUCGCUGCAGCCAGCACCAAGAGCUCAGCCCCAAUCCCACCCCUGACCCCUCCACCACUGCCAAAGAUGGUGGCUGCUGCUGCUGCGGGACUCCCCCAGGCAUGGAGGGGGGUAGGGGGGAGGCUGAGGCCCCCGAGGUCACAGGUCCCGAUGGGGGGGUCUCCGCCAGCACUUUCCUCCCUGCGGCUCUGGGGAGCCCAGCCCUCCCCAGCACCUUGUCCCGGAAAGAGGUGGCUGCGCCGGGGGGCAGGCGUAAGCGGGUGGAGUUUGUGACCUUUGCCUCGCCCCGGGCCCCUGAGGGCACCGUGUCCCCCCCGUCCUCCUCUGCCCCCACCGUCCAGUCCAUCCUGGUGGCCAGCGAGGACGACAUCCGCUGGGUCUGCGAGGACAUGGGGCUGCGGGACCCCGAUGAGCUGAGGAGCUACAUGGAGAGGAUCCGGGGCAGCUCCUGA